AGGUGUCACACGCUUAAUGCUUCAAUAAAGCCGCCCACAAUGCUGGCCACUUAAUUGAUUAGCAACGGAUUUGCAACGUUAGUCCAGCAAACUGUGACCAAGAUCUGGCUUGUUUGUCUAACGCUUAAAGACUCGAGCGCAUUUUCAUCUCAAUUCAACCCCACGCCCACACACGCCUCGAUAGUGCACUGAAAUAAUCAAUAAAGCAACAGCAGCAGCAACAACAACGACGACAAAUACAUAGACACACGAUGUGGGCUAGUGAUAAGCAGCAACAAUAGAGGGCAGCCACCCCGCCCCCUAAUCCGCCCGCGGCUCUACCCAGACUUAGCUGUGCCCAGUUCCAGCCGCAGUUCCAGGCAUUUGCCAAAAAGUAAAGAAAGGAAAGGAAACUCCCAAAAGUAGCUGAGUUUUUGCCGUGAAAAUGUCGCGGGAGGAGCGUCUGCCCAUUGUGGAUGCAUCGAGCAGCAGCGGCGAGGAUGAGGCCAGGCCCGUUGUGCGUAGGCGCAGCACACGGGACACCGUGCUGGCUGUGCCCAAGGAUGCGGGCUGCUGUGCGCCCACCAGUACGCCCCAUCGCUUUUUGGCCCUGGUCUUUAUGUGCCUGCUGGGCUUUGGUUCCUAUUUUUGCUAUGACAAUCCGGGCGCGCUGCAGGACGUAUUCCAGAAGGAGCUGAAUUUGAAUGCCACCGAAUUCACGUUCAUCUAUUCCAUCUACUCGUGGCCAAAUAUUGUACUGUGCUUUCUCGGCGGCUUUCUCAUCGAUCGCGUCUUUGGCAUACGCCUGGGCACAAUCAUUUACAUGCUUAUUGUGCUCCUGGGUCAAUUGAUAUUUGCCACGGGCGGGCUGUUGGGCAAAUUUUGGCUAAUGAUUGUCGGCCGCUUUGUAUUUGGCAUUGGCGCCGAGUCCCUGGCCGUCGCGCAGAAUAGCUAUGCGGUCCUGUGGUUCAAGGGCAAGGAGCUGAACAUGGUAUUUGGCCUGCAGCUGUCUGUGGCACGUUUUGGCAGCACCGUCAACUUUUGGAUCAUGCAGCCGGUCUACAACUAUGUCUCCAAAUCGUAUGCGGGCUAUACGGGCCUGGGCGUCACCCUUUUUCUGGCCGCCAGCACCUGUGUCAUGUCGCUGCUGUGCACUCUCAUAUUGGGCUGGAUGGAUAAGCGCGCCGAGCGCAUACUGAAGCGCAAUAACAAUCCCGGCGGCGAGAUUGCCAAGCUGAGCGACAUUAUCACCUUCAGGCUGGACUUUUGGAUGGUAUCGGUGGUGUGUGUGGCCUACUAUGUGGCCAUAUUUCCGUUUGUGGCGCUCGGCCAGGCCUUCUUCACAUCCAAUUUCCAUUUGACGCCCGAACAGGCCAACAAUGUCAAUUCGAUUGUGUAUCUGAUCUCGGCCAUUGCCUCGCCCCUGUUUGGCUUUAUCAUCGAUCGUGUGGGUCGCAAUGUUUCCUGGGUAUUUGUGGCCACAAUUGCCACGCUUGUCUCGCACCUGCUGCUCACCUUCAGUCAGCUUAAUCCGUACAUCGGCAUGUCCAUCAUGGGCCUCUCCUAUUCGAUGCUGGCCGCCAGCUUGUGGCCCUUGGUGGCAUUGAUUGUGCCCGAAUAUCAGCUGGGCACGGCCUACGGCUUCUGCCAAUCGGUGCAAAAUCUGGGCCUCGCUGUGGUCACCAUUGUCGCCGGCCUCAUCGUGGACAGCAGCGGGGGCAGCCACUUUUGGCUGCAGCUGCUCUUUAUACUGUUCCUACUGAUUUCCCUGUUGGCAACGUGCGCUAUCUGGGCCUACGAUCGCAAGUAUCAGGGCAAUCUGAACAUGUCGCCGGCACAGCGUGCCACAUAUCAUACAUCCAUGUACGUGAAUAUUGAAUCUAGUUUAUGGUGUUCAGACUAUAGUACAUGUUGUAUUGGUGUUUAUUGAUAUUGUGCGUGUAUUACUAUAUAGAUCGCUGAGCAGCUAGCAUUUUACUAAUUCUGUAAAAUCUCUCUUUCAAAUGCCAACAAAAGCCUCACUAAACGCGGCACUACGGAUCGACGGCCUCUAUUGGGCAACUAACUAUAUAGAUAUAUAUCUAUAUAGAUAUAUACUAUGCAUAGCAAAAAUAUGUACGAUUAACCAAUGUGAUGUUGUUUACCGUCUAUAUAACUAUCUCUUUAACUUGAUGUGUUUGGCACAUAUCUUACGAACUAAUUGCACAAAGUUAUUGUUUAACUUAUAUGUUAACAACAAUUGAUACCCCUCUAACAUAUCAGCAAACUAUUGUUAUAAUUGUGAUUGUAAUUUAUGUUGUUAUUUUUGUGUAUAAAUGUAUUCUGUGCCCGUUGCCAAAGAUAAAUGUUGAAUAAAAUAUACAUAACUAGCAAGUUGGGUG